AUGGCCACCAGUACCACCGUGAUGGAAAUGGCAACUCUACCCUCUUCCAAAGACCAACCAAUUCCCUUGCAAACGCCAAUGUGGGGAAAUUCGGAACUCCCUGGGCCCAUUGCUAGCCAUGUCGUGGAGACUAAGCAGAGAUGGAACAGCCCACGGAUCAAUACAUACCGUCUGGCUGCCAUCUUUUUCGCAUUCCUCAAUUUUGGAAUGAAUGAUGGCUCGUACGGUGCAUUGGUACCAUAUAUCGAAGCAGACUACGGCCUAUCCUACACUGUCACCUCCCUCGUCUUCCUCUCUCCCUUUGCCGGCUACACCUUCGCUGCCCUCUUCAGCGAUCGUCUGCAUCGCCUCGGUGGCCGGCGUGGGAUUACAGUUCUCGCGCCUUCAUGCAAAGUCAUCGCUUACAUCGUCAUUGCUACGCACCCUCCAUAUCCUGCCGUGGUGACUAUCCUUGCUCUUGCGGGGGUCGGCAACGGACUUCUCGACGCAGCAUGGAAUGCUUGGAUUGGCACAUUGGACCAUACGAACCAGCUUCUGGGAUUGUUGCAUGGCUGCUAUGGGCUUGGAGCGACGAUCAGUCCCUUGAUAGCUACCACUAUGGUCACGAAGGGGCACCUAGGCUGGUGGACAUUCGAGUACAUUAUGAUUGGUGUUGUGACCCUGGAGAUAUGUGGAGGCACUUGGGCAUUCUGGAAAGAGACGGGUGCGAAAUACCGUGAUGACAACAGUAGCGCCGACAGCGAUGAAAAGGGCAAGACAAGUCUGGCCUUGAAACAGAAGGUCACUUGGAUUUGUGCGGUAUUCUUGCUUGCGUAUGCGGGGACGGAGGUUUCUUUAGGUGGAUGGAUCGUCACCUUCAUGAUACGUGUCCGCCACGGUCAACCCUUCGCUUCUGGUAUGACAGCCACGGGCUUCUGGCUCGGUAUCACCAUUGGACGAGUGACUCUCGGGUUCAUCACUCCCAAGAUUGGCGAAAGACUUGCUGUUGCCCUCUACAUUAUUUGCUCUCUUGGGCUUGAGCUACUGUUUUGGCUCGUGCCUCAAUUCAUUGUCUCUGCCGUUGCCAUUUCUCUCGUGGGCUUUUUCAUAGGUCCUUUAUUCCCAUCUGCUGUCAUCAUGGCGACGAAGCUCCUGCCACAAGAACUUCACGUGGCUGCUAUAGGGUUUGCUGCUGCUGUAGGCGGAGGAGGGGCCGCUGUCCUCCCCUUUGCUGUUGGAGCAAUAGCAAAUGCCAGAGGCGUGCAGACUCUACAGCCUAUUAUUCUGGCAUUACUGGCUGUACUGUUGGGUAUCUGGCUGUUGCUGCCACGGAUUCCCAAACAUCUCCACGAAAGCUGA